ACCCAAGCUGGUUUCUCUGGACACUUUCUCUUCCGGGAUCCUUCAAGUCACAGUUUUCCCGGGAUCCUGAGUCCCCUGGAUAUUGAUGUCUGAUUAUCCAAUCUACUUCCCUUUUGUCUCCUUUAUUGGCACGUUGUCUAUUUGGAGAGAAUUGCAUAAAAGCAUUUUUUCUGCUCAAUUAAUUGCAUUUUCAUCCAAUCAAGUCCACCCAUUGAUUUAACAUCAUGGAUAUUGGUGGUCUUACAACGGUGGUAGCCAAUUCGGCAUACAUCUCGGCUCGGGGAAGCUUUGAUGGCUCUGCAAACCCAGCAGCAAAUCGGGAAAAGAAGUAUCAUUCCAUGCUCAAACUCCCUCACAUCACAGUAUGCGAGGGCCUUCAGGAGACAUUGGACCUCCAGUUUAACAGCAUCUGCGUGGAACAACCCAUCGGCAAGCGCCUGUUCCGGGAAUACCUAGAAUCGACUAAUGAAUACAAGGGGCCCUGUCGCCUAUGGAAGGAUGUGGAGGAAUAUGACACUGCCGAGGACAAGGAUCGGGUCAGCAAGGCUUCCAAGAUUCUCCAACGCUACAUGGACCCUGCAGCCAAAUAUUUCUGUCCCUUUCUGCCCGAAAAUGACAUCACCAAGGUGAAAGAGCGCCAUGGGAAUGCGUCCGAUGACUUGUUUGUUGACAUUCUAGCCUGUGUUCUUGAUUUCCUUAAGGAGGUCCCAUAUACCUUCUACCUGGAAACCAUGUACUUUAAGAGGUUCCUGCAGUGGAAGUGGCUGGAGAUGCAGCCUAUAGGUGAGGACUGGUUCCUGGACUUCCGUGUGCUUGGCAAGGGUGGUUUCGGCGAGGUGUCUGCCUGCCAGAUGAGGGCUACGGGAAAGAUGUACGCCUGCAAGAAGCUGAACAAAAAAAGGCUAAAGAAGAGGAAAGGCUAUGAGGGUGCCAUGGUGGAGAAACGGAUUCUGGCUCGUGUUCAUAGUAGAUUCAUCGUUUCCCUGGCCUACGCCUUCCAGAGCAAAACAGAACUUUGUCUGGUCAUGACCAUCAUGAAUGGAGGAGACCUGAGGUAUCACAUUUAUAAUGUAGAUGAGAAUAAUCCAGGCUUCGAUGAGCCCAGGGCAUGUUAUUAUACGGCUCAGAUCAUCCAAGGGUUGGAGCACCUUCAUCAGAAGAGAAUCAUCUACAGAGACCUGAAACCAGAGAAUGUUCUUCUUGAUAAUGAAGGUAACGUGCGUAUCUCUGACCUUGGUUUGGCUGUGGAGUUAGCAGACGACCAGGAAAAGACGAAAGGCUACGCUGGGACUCCUGGAUUCAUGGCCCCCGAGUUGCUAAAAGGAGAUGAGUAUGACUACUCUGUAGAUUACUUUACUCUUGGGGUCACCCUCUAUGAGUUCAUUGCUGCUAAAGGACCCUUCAGGAGUCGAGGGGAGAAGGUGGAGAACAAAGAGGUGAAGAAGCGCAUCCUAAAUGACCCAGUAACCUACACAGAGAAAUUCAGUGAGAAUGCAAAGUCCAUAUGUGAAGCUUUGCUAGCCAAGGAAGUGGACAAGAGAUUGGGCUUCAAGAAUGGGGCUUGCGAUGAGUUGCGCACCCACCCUUUCUUCAGCAGCAUCAACUGGAGAAAGCUGGAUGCAGGGAUUCUGCCGCCUCCAUUUGUCCCCGAUUCGAAGACCGUGUACGCCAAAAACCUUGAUGAUGUCGGCGCAUUCUCCACUGUGAAAGGGGUGGCCCUGGAAGACGUGGAUAAAGAAUUCUUCGACGAGUUUGCCUCUGGAAAUAUCCCCAUACCGUGGCAGGAGGAGAUGAUUGAGACAGGAAUCUUUGGCGAGCUGAACGUCUGGGGUCGUGGUGGCACUCUGCCCAACGAUCUACGGCGUGAGUCAAUCCUGGAGCAGCCUCCGAAGUCCUCCACUUGCACCAUAUCAUAAACGCUUUGCUGAACAGUGGACUCUUUCCGCUUUCCUAAAUGCUCUCUUUGGGUUUGGUUGAUGCCUGGACAUAAAGAGAUUCGGAAAUGACCAGAAGGAUGAAAUUUGAUCUUUUUUUUUUUUUUAUAUCACCAAAAGUGGACUGCGAGCAGCUUUUAACAAUAUUACAUUUGGAAAUUAACAGAAAGGAAUUUGGUGGAUUGCACUGAUGAGUAGCACUUAUUAUAUAUUUUCAAUGUUUUUGAUCACGUAGGUUUUGAUUCUUUUUUUGGCUGUAAAUUGGGAAAAUCACAGGGUUUAUUUUACCCUCACCAUUAAAUCCUCUUAUACAUAUGUGAACACUAGUGGCGGGUCGUGCAUUUGGUACCUGUUCCUUCAGUGGGGACUUUCCCAACUUAAUCCACCUCUUAAUACCACCACUAUCACGUCGCAAUUAUAGAAACCAUCAAUACUAUAAUUGUCGAUCUUUCAGGUCUUUGCUUCAGGACAGGAUCUGUUUGGGGUUUUUUAUAUAUUAAUUUAUACAAAGAGUCUUGUGGGUGAGAAUAUGUUUAUAUGUUUACAGCUGCUUUUAUGCAGCGAUCAAUAAAAAUUCCCUCAAGAAGUUUUCGUCUGUUCAAAGGAUUGACACGUCGUUUGUACACUAAAGUUAGCAAAUCGGUAUCGGCGGAAUCGAACACGAGAGGACGAGCUGUGGCCCCGAUAUGAAGAAGGAAUAAUACAUCUUUAAAGUAUCCAAAUAACCAUGCACUUUUGUCAUGUUCUAGUUCGUUUUUAUUUUCAAUCAAAGGUACAAGAGUUAGGAAUUUCAGGGGUUUCAGACUUUUUGUUAUUUAAUCUAUGAAUUGUUAUUUAAUUGCUGUAUUUUCUAUGUCUAUAUUGAAUUGCAUGUUUCAUCAAAGCUUAGAAGGAUGUAAAGAGUAAUUUAUUAAUCUUAGUGAAUUGAUUAUACAAAUAUUCAAGAGUAUAGUAGGGCUAUUUUACUCAGCAGAAAUAUGUCAUGUAUGAAAUAAAGAGGUGCUGGUGACUAGCUGUGCAGGACGUGCUUAUGGUUUUUAUAGUUUAAUUUUGGCUUGCUGAGUCAUCGUGCCCAGAUAAGCUUUUUUUUAGUCCUCUUAGACCAUCCUUUUGCUGUAAAAAGCUGUGAAUGAACAUUUAAUGUGUACGUAUUAAUAUAAUAAAUAACCAUUUUUCGAA